UCGCGAAGGUUACUGCUUCCGUGUCGUUCAAUGAAAGUGUAUGAUCAGAGUGAAAGUCGAAGGGUAAAAGAUAUUCUUUGCAUUUAAAUGUUUAGAAAAAAGUGAUUCUGUUGCGGUUAGAAUUUUGCAAAGUCUGCCGCAAAACUGAUAUCGCGGAAAGAACCGAAACGAACUCGUAACCUCGAGAGAAACAGUGUUCUCUGUGUCGUACUCGAGAAAGAUCGACGUUAAUCGUGUUCCGUGUAACGUUUUUCGAAUAUGGAGGUUCUGCCGUGUCCCGUGAACGUAAAUUUCAGCAACACAAGAGUUGAAACAGCGACCGACGAAUUGGACGGAGCUUGCCAGGCUUUGGCGAAACGACUCGAAGUCGAGUUGAGAAGGGCAAAACAUGCUCAGCUGGCGUGCGGAGAAGUUCUUCUACCUGCUGAUCUCUUGUCCAGGAUAGCCAGAGAGGUCCUCAGUAUGGCUGAGAAUGAACCUUGCGGCCUCAGAGGCUGCACCCUGUUCAUCAGUUUCGAAACGGACAGUGUGUGCCGGAAACUAUCGAAAAUACAAUGCGAUCCGAACGCGGUGUCCACUUUUGAACUUUACCUGACGCUGAAACAGGAUCACACGUCUUGGCAUAUCCUUUUACCUCAAUUUUUAAAAAAUCUCACCAGAGGGGGCACCGUUAUGAUCAGUAGGGAUUUUACAUUGGAAAAAAAGAAAUUGUACAGAUCAUACCAGCAAGCGCAAUGAGCGAUUCGUCGGGCGUGUAAUUCCGUGUCAUUCAAUUUCUAUCGGUAAACACGAUUAUACUGAAGCCCAUGGCUUUUGCUUUAAACGCAGUUACGCGGUUUCGAAUCACCGGACAUCGUGACCAAGCGAGGCCGUUUUAAGGGCCACCAUCCGGUUAGCGCGCGGCUGGGUCCUGGGGAUCUGGAUCUGGAUCCCAGAAUGUGUGUAAGUCACGAUGAAUGCACAUAAAAUUGAUGGGAAAUAAGUUUGGAAAUUGUACCGUCGUCGUCGCAAUUUCUCUGUCCUGCGAUGCCUGUGAAGGAGGAUCGUGCAAUUUGGCUGUGGUUUUAGCCGUUAACGUCGCAAUCGGUUUAAAGAGACUAGACCUUACGCGUUUCGACUAUUGUGAUAGGUAAAACGAAAUACGAAUUUCAGAAACGUUCAAGGUGAAAACCGUUUCAACGCGCAAUUUCUUUACUUUGUACAUCGGCCGGAACUUUGAAAAUAAUGGGGUUUCACAUGCUGGAAGCAGUUGCAUCAUUUCGAAAUGCAAUUACUCUGUAGUCAACCAUCAAUUCAUUCUUAACGAAUUAAUAAUUCAGUAUUUAAUACCCAAGUGUUUCGCUUGGUGAAACGGAAUAUUCACGUAACUUGAUGCUUUCGGAAUCUCAAAGUGAAAACGUAUUCUCGUUAAACAGGGAAACUUGUAUUGUUGAUCGACGAACAGACGACGCGCGAAAUUUUAACCCUGAAAAAUUUCUUUGUACGAUUCGUCCAAGUUGUUCUUAUACCAUGUGCUGCGCUUUUCGUUAUCUUUGUCGUUCCGACAUCUCGAUGGAUAAUUUUGUUCAAUGCAAUUACGUUUGUAUUACGACAAUAUCGACGGGACAAUGUUUUGUACGGAAAAUAUUGCGUGCAUUUGCUGUUUAAACAGACUAUUAUAUAGUUGAUUGUUUCGAGUGAAAGUAUUUCUUUCGAAAAUCGAAAGUUGCAUUCGAAGAAAAAUUACAGUGGUCUUCCACAAAUACAGUUAAUGCGCGCACGAGAUAAAAUUUAAUUAUAUUACAUGAAUUGUAUGUACAUCUCUAUGUGUGUGUGUCUGUGUGUGUAAGUGUGCACGUGUCGCGUCCAGGCGCACGUACACGUGUGCUCUUAUGAAUUUACAAGACUGAUCAGCGAUAGAUAAUAAAAAUAUUGAACAUUGCAGAAUAAGUUUUCGUAGUGGAGGAGUUGCGCGUGCGUUUAUCUUUGAAACAACGAGAAUACCGAUAAGGUGCUGAAAAAUCGAAUUAAUCGCUUUAUGAACCGUGGGGAUCUCAAGUCGUCGAGCGAAAUGAUUUUCUCAGUUGAUUUGGAGGGAAACAAGAAAGAGAGACAUAAGUAGUGUUUGUAUGGUUAUUAUCGAUUACGUAGGAAACAGAAUACGAAAUACUGUUACGUAUAUUUUGUACUUCGGUAAAACAAAUUAGAAAUAACGUAAAGACAGUAGAAAUAUAUCGCAUAGAAUAUUUAAUUUUUUUAUAUAUAUACAUAUAUAUAUAUAUAUCGAUAUAUAUGUUAUUAUCGUUAGGUAGUGCUUGCUUAGAAACAAGGCGGAAAGGUGACCAGAAAAAAAAUCGCGAGUUGGGCCAACUUUUGAAGAUGCUUGCUUAUUCAUGACCUGUAAUUCGUCUUUCUAUUUUUUUUUUUUUUUUUUUUUGAAAGGGAGUUUUGUUCACGUCCUAUUUUGAAUUGAGUAAUACAGUUUAUACCGUACCUUCGUUCAAAUAUUUAAUGUUGCAAGGUGUUUGCUUUUUUCUUGAACUCUUUGCCGCCUAUAUGUGAUGUUGAUUUUAAAUUGUGAUCUUACUAAUAAAUAAGAGGAAAUAAAAAGUUUCGAAAGUUUUAAUAUAUGGCAACGCUAUAUUUCUGAGAUUCUUACCAAGAUGUGUAAUCGUUUCAAUUGUGUGAACGUUCACAGAAAAUAGAAAUGAUACAACGGAUAACUUCGCUAUGUAUUCGAUUAAUUUCCAUUC